AUGGGUCUGAUAUUCGGCCACCACCCAGAGCCCAGCGCCAAGCUCUCCGCAGGGCCGCAGCGUGGGGGCUCUGGGGACGGAUCCCUGGGAGAAAGCACCGCGCUAGAUGCCAGCUCCCCGAAAGGGACCUCUGGAGAAACUCGGUGUGGCAAACCUGCAGAGACGAACUUCAAGCAGGCUGCGGGGGGUCUGCAGCCAGCCUCAGGGCGUCUGGGAGCUGCCGACCCCAACAAUUUACAAAGGAAAGGGAUUCUUGCUGUUCCUCGAACUCGGCACAUCAUCAUCUCCCCCCAGAAGGGCUGUGCCCCUGAAGCGCUGCUCUCCUGUGCCUCCAUCGCUCAGCCACCUUCUUGUCCUUCUGGGCUCAGCCCAGCCCCUCCCCCCUUCAAGCUCUGGUCGCUGCGGGGAGCUGGGUGCCAGGGACCCCGCGGUAUCAGGCUCGCCAGCACGCCCUAUGCCCUGACUCAACGCUGCGUGGUGUGUGCGUGUGGGGUGGGGUCGCCCGGCGCCGGGCUACGAUGGAUCCAGGAUGUAGCCUCGAUGAGCCAUCGCUCACACCCGUUGCCACAGCGCCCGCGGGAGAUCCGGCCGCAGGCUCCUCCCAUUGGCCCUCUGGCAGGCCCGGCCUGUCUGUCAGAGCUGCUGCCGCCCGUGCGCGCGCCCGGCCGAGGCAGCAUGAAGGUGACGGUGGACUUCGAGGAGUGUCUCAAGGACUCGCCUCGCUUCCGGGCGGCUUUAGAAGAGGUGGAAGGAGAUGUGGCCGAACUGGAACUCAAACUUGAUAAGCUUGUGAAACUUUGUAUUGCUAUGAUCGAUACUGGAAAAGCCUUUUGUGUUGCAAAUAAGCAGUUUGUGAAUGGAAUUCGAGACUUGGCACAGUAUUCCAGUAAAGAUGCCGUAGUGGAGACAAGCUUGACCAAAUUUUCUGAAAGUCUUCAAGAAAUGAUCAAUUUUCACACAAUCCUGUUUGACCAGACACAGAGAUCCAUUAAGGCACAACUUCAGACCUUUGUGAAAGAAGAUCUCAGAAAGUUCAAAGAUGCCAAGAAACAAUUUGAGAAGGUCAGUGAAGAAAAGGAAAAUGCCCUAGUGAAGAACGCCCAAGUUCAGAGAAACAAACAACAUGAGGUAGAGGAAGCCACUAACAUUCUGACGGCCACCAGGAAAUGCUUCCGGCACAUCGCCCUGGACUAUGUCCUACAGAUUAAUGUUCUUCAAUCAAAAAGAAGAUCGGAAAUCUUGAAAUCAAUGUUAUCUUUCAUGUACGCCCACCUGGCCUUCUUUCAUCAGGGAUACGAUCUCUUUAGCGAACUUGGGCCCUACAUGAAGGAUCUUGGCGCACAGCUGGAUCGGCUGGCGGUAGACGCGGCCAAGGAGAAGAGAGAUAUGGAGCAGAAGCACUCCACCAUCCAGCAGAAGGACUUCUCCAGUGAUGAUUCCAAGCUCGAAUUUGAUGUCGAUGCGGCCAGCGGCAUCGUCAUGGAAGGCUAUCUUUUCAAACGGGCCAGUAAUGCCUUCAAGACUUGGAACAGACGCUGGUUCUCGAUACAGAAUAAUCAGCUGGUGUACCAGAAAAAAUUCAAGGACAAUCCCACUGUGGUUGUUGAAGACCUGCGGCUUUGCACAGUGAAACAGUGCGAAGAUGUAGAGAGAAGGUUCUGCUUCGAGGUGGUCUCGCCCACAAAAAGCUGCAUGCUCCAGGCCGACUCUGAGAAGCUGCGUCAAGCAUGGAUUAAGGCUGUUCAGACCAGCAUUGCCACUGCUUAUAGGGAGAAAGGAGAUGAGACCGAGAAGCUGGAUAAAAAAUCAUCUCCAUCUACAGGAAGCUUAGAUUCUGGGAAUGAGUUAAAAGAGAAAUUAUUAAAAGGAGAAAGUGCUUUGCAGCGGGUUCAGUGCAUUCCUGGGAAUGCCAGCUGCUGUGACUGUGGCCUGCCAGACCCCCGGUGGGCCAGCAUCAAUUUGGGAAUUACCCUGUGCAUUGAAUGCUCAGGUAUACACCGGAGUCUUGGGGUUCACUUUUCGAAAGUCCGCUCUUUAACAUUAGAUACCUGGGAGCCUGAGCUUCUGAAGCUUAUGUGUGAGUUGGGAAAUGAUGUUAUGAAUCGAGUUUAUGAAGCCAAAAUUGAGAAAAUGGGAAUAAAGAAACCACAGCCUGGACAAAGGCAGGAGAAAGAAGCAUAUAUCAAAGCCAAAUAUGUGGAGAAGAAAUUUGUGGAUAAGGAUUCUGCUUUUUCCUCACCUCCGGCUCUGGGCCAGGGUCAGGAGGAGAAGGGGUCCAGCUGUUCCAAGCCAACACUCGAAGACCAAGUCCGAACAUCAGGCAGAAGUGCAGUAAAGAGCAACGACAGUGGCAUCCAGCAGUGUGCAGACGACACCAGAGAAGGCCUGUCCUCGGUGGUUUCCACAAAUAGCUUAUAUGAGCCGGAGGGAGAAAGACGGGACUCUUCGGUCUGUCUUGAAUAUAAGCACCUCCAUCCGGGACUCCAGCUGUACCGAGCUUCCUAUGAAAAAAAGCUUCCCGACAUGGCCGAGGCAUUGGCCCACGGAGCAGACGUCAACUGGGCAAAUUCCGAUGAGAACAAGGCCACGCCUCUCAUUCAGGCCGUCUUGGGGGGCUCUCUGGUCACCUGCGAGUUCCUCCUUCAGAACGGUGCCAAUGUGAACCAAAGGGACAUCAAGGGGCGAGGGCCGCUGCACCACGCCACAGUCUUGGGGCACACCGGGCAGGUGUGCUUGUUCCUGAAACGAGGCGCCAACCAGCAUGCCACUGACGAGGAAGGGAAGGACCCGCUCAGCAUCGCAGUGGAAGCCGCGAAUGCCGACAUCGUGACCCUGUUGCGUUUGGCCAGAAUGAAUGAAGAGAUGCGGGAGUCCGAAGGACUGUACGGACAGCCAGGUGAUGAAACUUACCAAGACAUUUUCCGGGAUUUUUCCCAAAUGGCCUCCAAUAAUCCAGAAAAACUAAACCGGUUCCAGCAGGAUUCCCAGAAAUUCUGAGUUUUUUAAAGAAGGGAAACCCAGCUGGUGCCCUCUUGUUCUUCACACAGCUGAAAAUGCACAUUUUCCUCCUGCUUUCCUGCUGCCUUUCAGGUUGCCUAGGGUAUCGAAUGAGUGAUGGGAAAGGUACAUUCCUUGCCAGUUCCUUGUGGAUCCCUGCCUCUCCGGGCCUCUGGAGACUGGGAGGGGAAGCUGGGUUAGGGCCUGUUUCAAAAUGGGCUUCCCGUGCUGAAACAAGGUCAGAGCCUGCUAGACGGGGAGGGAUUUCCAGAGCCCGUCUCUUUUUAAAACGGGGCACAGCCACCUUUUCCAAGAGUUACGCUUGACACAUUCCAUCAACCACAUCCACACCGCCAGCCAAGGCUGGCUCUGUGGCUGGCCUGGGAGAACCUGGGCCUCCUCAUCCCACGUGCAAUAUGUGCUUUUCCAAGUAAGGGAGAAAGUCCGUGCUCCCAGUGGCACCAUCCCAGAUGUGGGUCCUGGGCGCCUGGCCUCUCACGGAGGGGAGAUGUUGGAGCUCCCGCCAGGUAUUGCCGGUGCCCGCAGAACCUGGUCCUUGGGAUGCCAGCUUUCCAGGUCCUUGCCAGAUUGAUCGAUGCAAUAGAAUUCUUUUCCAAAAAUUACUUGAACAUUUUCAAAAUUAAGCUGUGACCAAAACGUCACCUUCAAAGAAGCCGAAGCCAUAGCGAGCUUUUGAGGUUUGUUCUCGGCCCUGCUCCAAGCAGAGAAGCAGCAGCAAAUGUGUAUUUUUGUCUGUGUCUGGAGAAGUGGGAGCUCCCCGCCCUCCCUUGUCAGCUCUGCCCUCCCUCCCGCCCUCUGUCCAGCGCAGGUGCUGGCCCCGGCCCCGGCCCCGGCCCCGGCCCGGCCCCGUGGUUCUGUGUUCCCAGCAGGGUCGCAGAACAGACUGCCUGGAUUGAUCCUGGUUCUUUUCAUUCCAGAGAAACAGAGCUGUAGCUCUGGCCCUUGUUAGCACAAGUCUCCUUUGUCACGUUUGAUGUCCGGGCAUCGUCUUGUGUGCGCGCGCUCGCUCUCAACGCUUCCUCUGUGUAUGUAGCCACCCCUCGUGUUUAAUCGUCCAUUAUUUACUAAUCAUGUCACUAAGGAAUAAAAUUGGAAUGCUGACAUUUGGUCUCCAAGUCGAGAUUCGCAUAUCCGACUGCCUCCUGCCUGCGGGGAGCAACGCUGUAUUACUGGAGUAGGUCCUGCUUUAAAUAAGAGAAUGAAUUACAUUAUCAAGUGGUGAUUUCAGGUCAGAUUGAGAAAGGCAACUUCAGGAAUCACAUUUGUUCAACUGUAGAAAUGUUCUAAGCUCGCCACCACCGAUAACGUGAAGGAGUGCUGGAGACGCCUUUUUUGUUGUUUUAAAGUAAGAAGGAGAUCCCGCUGUUUCCUUCUUGGCCCGUGGUUAAGAGAAAGCGUAGACGUAAGUCCUAAAAGCACAUUUUUAUCCGGCUCCUGUUUCCAGGACGAGCCCUGUAGUGGAAAGUAAACUACUACAGCCUUGAAGAAAGAGAAAGGAAUAAUUUGUCAAAAUCAAUGCAAGGGCACCAAGUCAGAGCUCUCUUUCCAUGGUGUUUGCAGGGGGCUCUGGGACCCCUCCCCACCCAGAGGAGCCCUUGCCCAUGGCCCCACCACCCCACCCUCGGGCUCUGGCCCCUCGGUGCUAGGUAGCUCUCCUGGUGCUGUGAGGCGUCCUCACUGCGGUUGGCGGCUGCUCCCGGCCUCCUCGCCCCUUCCAGUCCCCCUAGAGUCCAUGGAAAGCGCCAACUAAGACGAUUGUUUUCUAACAUCUUCAAAGUUCAGGCUUUCACGUAGGGAAUGUCUGGCCGCCCGAGGACCCAUUUCUGCUGCUCGAUCUCUUGGCUGGCUCAGAGGGAACCUCGUGGAGUGAGUGGGCAGAAGGGAGUUGUGGCUGCCGCUCCCGGGGCAAGGUAGGGGGGCGACGUACAAAGCCGACGGGCUCUUAAACGAUGGCGACUCACCGGUCAGGCCAAUUCCACGUUUUUGUUUCGUUUGCUGGCAGCAGGCCAGCCCCUCCACACAAAUGGCUUUUUAGAGUCUGUCAGACCCCUGAGCUCGAUGAAGUUGGGACGUUUCUUCCGUCCUGGGUCCGAUGGGGAUGUCCUCGGGCCUCGGUGUGGCUGCACAGCAGCACUGGAGGAGUGGGGGUGCUCGCCGGGUCGGUAUCGGAUGUGGAGGAAGCAGAGCCCUCGAUCGUUGCCAUGCCUUCCUUCCCACCCAGAUGCCGGUGAUUCCUGGCCAUACAGUGCUUCCAGGCGAGUCCGCCACAUCCCAGGGUGGGACUCCCUGAUCUCGGUCUUCCCUUUAGGCUUCUUCUUUUCUCCACUUUCCAGAAGUUGUACAGAUGUAUCGAGACACGGGCUUUCCUCUUCUCCUGAGAAUCUGAGCUCGCCCUUUAGUUUCAUGGCCUCACCAGUGUAGCGGCCAGUGAUGUCUUAAGCAGUAUUUGAAAAAGAGUCUUACACAUGUAGCAACAUUUUUUACAUUCCUCUGUGAAAAGACAUAGUUAUAAUAACCCCAGUGCUCACGCCUGUGUGUGUCUUCACGUAGGACAGAAUUUGAUUCCUGUCUGAACAGCAGCACGGCUCCCAAGUGGCCGCCCUGUCAGGGACAGCUUUUCAGUUUGAAUGUGGAUCUUAAGGGAAAGCUGCCUCAGUGGCCCGGGCUCUUAGCCUUGGAAGAGGCCCUUCAAGGCUCGUCCCUGGGGGCCUCGAAGUGACCCACUUAGGCCAGGCUGCCGCCCGGGCUCUCUCUUUGAAAAUGCUUUCCCACCAUUGAUUCCUGGCAGAGCCGAAGGAAGGCCUUUGGGGAAGCUGCUCUUUAGAAUGGGAAGGCAGGCACGUUCUUACAGUAUCACAAGUAACCUAUUAGUGUUUUAAAUGGACUCGGAAUCAAUUAUACAAUCGAUUAUUUUUCCUAGACAUCUUUUUUGUUUCCGUCAGUUUGCUGUUUUCAAGUGUACAGUGAAGUCGUUUUGGAAAAGUCCCCCAAAUGGCAAAUGUUCUUGGUGUUGUCUUUGUCCGCUUGGCAUCCUUUUGUAUUACGUCCGUUUUUCCCCCAAAGGAAACUGAAGAACGUAGUAGCCCAUGUUGUGACUGUAAGCAAGGAGAGAGGGCCACCUCCUAAGGACUUCUGGGUGGAAGCCCGGAGCUUUCCAAAGCUGUGUGCUCCGACCUGGGGGGCCCUUUCCUUGGUGUUCACUGCCCCCCAAUACCAAAAUGCUCUAGUAGAGUCUCCUUCCUCACUCCAUUGAUGUACCUGCUCUUGUGACUCGAAAAUGUACAUGAUGUAAGAAUUGUAAAUAUGGUUCUGACCAAGACUUUGUAUGCCGAAUCAAUAAAACCCAAAUGGCUCUCCCCA